GUCAGUAUCUAUUUGAACCGUUUUGAUACAGACUUUCUAUCAAAUCGAUGAAUAGUCGGUCCCUUCUUCGAAUGCCUCUCGUUCAAUCUACUCGAGGGUUCAAGUCCAUUUCCGUGAUUGGAGCGGGUCUAAUGGGUUCAGGUAUCGCACAGGUUUGUGUCCAGAGUGGCUACUGUGUCAAGUUAGUCGACACGAAUGCAGACGCUCUCUCAAAGGCGGUCACUGUUAUGCGCCAACAUAUCUCCUCCUUCGGAAAGAAAAAGUACUCUGACGAAGCAGAGUUUGUCGGUUAUGUAAAUCGCUGUAUGGAAAGUCUUGCAACUUCGACUGCGUUGAAAGAAUCCGCUUCUAAUUCUGAUCUGGUUAUCGAGGCCAUCGUGGAAAGAUUGGAUGCUAAACGCGAUCUUUUCCAAUUGCUGGAAGAAUGCGUUCCAUCCGGUUGCGUGCUCGUAUCCAACACAUCUUCGCUUUCCCUCAAAUCAAUCGGCAGUGUGCUGAACAACAAAGAAAGAUUUGCCGGAUUGCAUUUCUUCCAACCCGUUCCGGUUCUUCGUUUAGUCGAAGUCGUCCGAACGGAACACACCUCCGAUCCCACAUUCCAGUCUCUAAUGGAGUUCGCUCGCUCAUUAGACAAAGUUCCCAUCGCCUGCAGCGACACACCCGGUUUCGUGGUCAAUCGGUUGCUGGUGCCUUACGCUUUGGAAGCAGUACGGCUCGUGGAACGGGGCUGUGCGUCCACCCAGGAUGUGGACGUGGGCAUGAAGUUGGGCGCUGGAUACCCCAUGGGUCCGUUUGAACUGAUGGACUUGAUCGGGUUGGACACCAUGAAACACAUCUGCGACAGUUUCUUUGAACAACUCCCAGGCGAUCCAAUGUUCGUGUGUCCGACGCUGUUGCACAAGCUUGUUUCCGAGGGAAAGCUGGGCAAAAAGUCCGGUGAAGGAUUUUAUAAAUAUGAUUCUCGGGGCAGAAUUUUGCGCCAUUAAUCGAACACAUUUUUAUCUCUCGACCGCAUCACCAACAUUUUUUCUGCCGAUCGGUUUUGAUUAAUUUCUCCUUGCAAUAUUUCCUUUAUCUUUUUGCUUAUUUUUAUGCAACUUGUGCCUUUGAUCAGAUACCGGUUUGUAUGUCCCUUAUCACCACUUUGAUUACUACUAGUUUCUUAAUGUCAAAAGUAUUGGCUUUUUGUGCUCAUCUGAAA